AGAAAGUGGGCAAUCACCAUGGGUUCACUGGGUUACGUCCCGAGAUCACUCCCGCUAGGAAAGGUAAUACGAAGGUGAGUUGAGUUUUGUUUACUCACAGUAAACAAGGUUUAUCACAUAUUAGAAGGGUUGUAUUUAGUUAUAGUGUGGGUUGUAUUUAGUCAUUGCCUUGGCAAAUGCCAAAUAAACUGUGCUUCAACUUCUAAAAGCGAAAGAACUCGAAAGAAAAGAAAAAAGUUAAGUUGAAUAAUAGUAUCAAACAACUUCUAUAAAUUAGAAGAAAAAAAAGAGACUCGUUGAUCGACAAAAUUCUGUUAUGCUUCAUAAAGAAAAGAGAAAAAAUAUUUACUUGUUCAUCUUACCAUAACACCAAUGGUUAAACCCAUACCUAAUCAAAAGGGAGACAAACUAAUUUGGAAAACUCAUCACAGUCCAGUAUUUGUUCUUUAAUUUUUAGAUGCCGUUUUUCAAUGCAGCGGCACUAAUUGAAUUAAAUAAAGAAUACUGCCAAUAAGUGAAAUGUAACCUAUAUAAAUACCUGCAUAUGCAACAUAAUUAUCACAAAAACAUUUGCUAUUACAACUCCUCCAUAUCUCAAAGAAAGAAAGAAGGCCAUGGCUGCAGCUAAGUUUAGUAUCAAAACUGCAUCAUCAUUCUUCCUAGUUCUUUAUUCAACCAUGAUCCUAUUUUUCGCUUUGCCAUGCUUUUCUUCUGAUCCAGACCCUCUGCAAGACUUUUGUGUUGCUGACUUGAACUCCACCACAACUACUGUGAAUGGGUACCCUUGCAAGCCAGAGUCUCAAGUCACAUCAAGUGAUUUCGUGUUUAGUGGCUUGGUGGAAGAAGCGAGCACAGAUAAUCCCGAGGGGCUUGGAGUGAGAUUCGGUAACGUUAAGUUCUUCCCUGGAUUAAACACCCUUGGACUUUCAGUAAGCCGAAUCGACCUCGCACCUGGUGGAAUUGUUCCAGCUCACACACACCCACGAGCAAGUGAAAUUAAUUAUGUCAUGAAAGGGGAAGUCAAUGUUGGGUUCAUAAGUACUAAAAAUGUUCUGUACUCGGGAGUACUGAAAGCUGGAAUGAUGGCUGUUGUUCCUCGAGGACUUGUGCACUAUACAAAGAAUGUUGGAGGGGAGAAGGCUGUCUUGCUAGCUAUUCUCAAUUGCCAACUGCCCGGAACUGUAUCACUUCCUAGUAACAUCUUUGGAACUAAGCCAACAAUUCCUAAUGAUGUUUUAUCAAAGAACUUCCGAGUUAAUCAAACCGUCAUCGCUAACAUAAAGUCGAAGUUUGCUGCAAUCUAAACAAAAUACCUAAACAUCUAGUGAAUGGGCGGUUCUUUGGCUAUUGUACCGCGGGAAGAUAGGUCUCUUGUUUGUGUCUGCAUGUCGAGUCUUGUUAAACAGUCCGUUGAAUGUGUGAGUAGGUUCCACUCGAAGAGUCGAUAAUAAAGCAGCCGAUGAGCUUGCUAUGUUUGCUAGGUUUGGUUCUUGUUAUCAAGAAUGGUGGCAACAACCACCUUCU